UUCUAUACAUAGGUAGAGACAUUUUUGCUUAGCUGAAGAAGUACUAUCUGGGACUGGGAACAAGUUGGAAGCUUUGAGAAGAUGAGUGCUUCAAAGUUCAUUAAAUGUGUUACUGUUGGAGAUGGAGCUGUUGGCAAAACAUGUAUGCUCAUUUGUUACACCAGCAACAAGUUCCCUACGGAUUACAUACCAACAGUGUUUGACAAUUUCAGUGCCAAUGUGGCUGUAGAUGGGAGCAUUGUUAAUUUGGUUUGGGAUACUGCUGGUCAAGAAGAUUACAGCAGAUUAAGGCCACUGAGUUACAGAGGUGCAGACAUAUUUGUCUUGGCUUUUUCAUUAAUUAGCAGAGCAAGCUACGAAAAUGUUCUCAAGAAGUGGAUGCCAGAACUACGUCGGUUUGCACCAAAUGUACCAAUAGUCCUGGUUGGAACGAAGCUAGACCUUCGGGAAGAUCGAGCAUAUCUUGCUGAUCAAAUGGGGUCUUGCAUUAUAACAUCUGCUCAGGGAGAAGAACUGAGGAAACAGAUUGGUGCAGCGGCUUAUAUCGAAUGCAGCUCCAAGACCCAGCAGAAUGUGAAAGCCGUUUUCGAUACUGCAAUCAAGGUUGUUCUUCAACCUCCGAGGAGGAAGGAGGUGGCGAGGAAGAAACGGCGCCACCGGAGAUCCGGCUGCUCCAUUAGGAGUUUGAUCUGCGGAGGAUAUGAAGCUUAAAUUCGAACAUGGAAGAAUGAUAGAGGGAAUCGAGUAUUUAUUGCUUUAAUUCUG